CAUCAACAUUCAUCUCUCUCUCUCUCUCUCUCUCUAAAUUCUCGGUAUCUUCUUCUCUCUUUCUCUCUGAUCUUUCUUCCGCUGUUUUCUCUCCAUAUGGCUUUUGCCUGAAACCAACUCCAAGCGAUGGCGGCAAAGAAAACAAUGAAACAGAGCACAAGUACUUUUAGCCCUGCAUCAUCAACUUCCUUCGUUGAUGAAGAGUUGGAGGUCUGCCACAUCCUACUCUCUCUUCCAAAUCUAAUCCGCCAAUUCGACCGAUCUCCCUUCACUUGGGGAGCCACGCGCCGGAGAUCCGCUGUCGAUUCCAAAUCAUCAGCGUCUUGGCCGCCGCCUCUUCCAAGGCCCUGCCAUGGCGAGACCGAGACCGAGACUGAGACUGAGGCAAGACCCCAAGCCAAGGUCGAGGCUAUGAGCCCCGCCACUCCCCUCUCCUUCUCGCCCAGCGAAUCCGAUGAGAAAUCCAAACCUCCCCUCAAGAAAAUCUCCAAGAAGCGGACGAGAGAGGAGUGGUUGGAGAUCAUAGACGGGUUAACUCAGCGCCGGGAGUUGCUAAGAGGGGAGCUCAACACAGUGACGAGUUACCACAAGAGGCUAAUGGCUGAGAAUUUGGAGUUGAAAGCAAAGAAACAAGAGCUUUCUCACUUGGAGACCAUCAGAGGCUUCAGUUCUGUGGGUAUGGAAUUAAGAAGCCAACCGGAGCUCCAAUCCGGUUUGGUCGUAAGCCGAGAUCACCAACCCCAGAUUCACAUGAUACUCCAUCAACGGCGCUUCCCGUUGGAUCGGACGGCCAGUGGAUCGCAAGCAAGCGAAAUCUUUCGGUACCCAUGUAGCCAAAUCCCUGGGUUCUUGGCGUGCAGCUCCGGAUUGGGCAUGGUCAACCGUGUGGGGCCGCAAGGCAUACCCGAUCUCAAUGUGGCCGCGGAGGAGACGUGCAUGAUGGACGCUUCACAGCCGUUGGAUCAUGGCAGAGCUUUUGCUGAUAAGAGGGCCAGAGCGGCUCAAGCUAGGAGGAGAAGGAUGAUUAAGGAAAUGCAGUUUUUUCCCGAGAAAAAAAAGGAGUUUCCCUGACCCGAAUCAUUAAAAAUCAUCUAAGAAAAUCUGGAAAAAUCCUGUUAAAAGCAAGGACACGAGUAGGUUUCCAAACCUGGCGACGUGGACCUGUACAGAAACAAGUAAAGGAAGAGAUGGGCUUAUUGGGCCUUGGACUAAAGGAAUUAGACUGACUUUUAUGUACUGCUGGCCCGGCCCAAACCUGAACGGGCUCGCUCCCUAAUGGAGUAAUCCCCACCGUCGAUCUUGGUGUAAAGCUGUACCCAGUUAACGAACCCUAGUUGCGAAAUCAUAUAAAGGGCAAAGAGGCCCUCUUCUCACCUCCAACUUGUGCUUUUUUAAUUGCCUAAGUCUCUCUCUCCCUCUCUAUUUUUUAUUUGACUUUGAGAAAUCUGAAUAACUGCAAGUGACGAGGCUAAUUGCGGAUUAUGAGAAGCUCGUUAAAUAUAUAUACAAGGCGAGCAAUGUUUGUUCCUCAUACUUCCAUGACUCUGAUGCAGAUUCGUCUAUAUUUGCUUUAUUUAAUAUAUUUUUAGAUAGAGUGUGUUAUUUACUUGGAACUUGUUCAGGAAAUUCUUGUUCCUCUUUCUUGCUUUUGCACUAAAAUUGAUUUUGUUUCUGAAUAUGUGUUUAUUUGUUCUGGUACUGUGCAUAAUAUGAUGUGUUUCUUAUCAUCGAUCUUCGUAUUCGUACGUUUUCAGAGCAGCAAAAAGAAAAGAAACCAAUGGUCGUUGAUUUUGUUCAAAUGUUCCGUCAUCGGAACGAAGGAUGGCAAUUUAUUUUGUCAAAAGAACUAUAAGAAAAAAAAAUGUUAUUAUGUUUAAUAUCGUUAAUCACUUGUUGAAUUUUGCUUUUCUACAAUUUGUGGAUUUGUGAUUGCGCGAUGAUGUUGUUUUCCUAGGCUAUCUUACCAUUUAAGAUGGAGAUCUGAGAUGUGAAGAGAUUUAAGGCCAUGGAUAAUGUUCUCUGUUUGUUGUUUUAUCAGUUUAUAACUAUUUACAAUAUAUUAACAGUGUUUUAAAACAUCGAGCAUUGGCCAAGAUAUUAGCUGAUUUAGGUAUGAAGAUUUGGGCCAGUGGCUAAGUUGAAAUAGAGGUUUUAGUUAACGGGAAGUCUUGUUUAAGUAGGUCUUUUCUAGAAUUUUUAUUUAAUUUAUUGUUGAUUUUAAUAAAUAUGUAUAUUGUAAUUUAAUUAUUAUGGUCCACUGUUUUUAUAAUUGUAUUCGUAUAAUCAUAUAAAUGAGAUUGUUAUGUAAUUAUUAUACUCAUAAAAAAUAGACACCAGCUAAUCUAUGUCCAUGACUGAUGUUUUCCGUAAGCUGCAUUUUUGUGUAAUAUAUUGUGUCUUUGCAUGUUCUUUAGGCACUACCCAUAAGACCAUAAUUCCCUUUUGGUUAGACCUGGAACUUAGAACGUGC